GUUGUAGAAUCAUUACGCUGAAAUCAACAAGCUUCCGUUCUUCAAAUCGUUCGUUCGAUAUCGAUAUUUGCCAAAACUUGUUUGUGAUUGCGUUGUGAUUUCGAGGGUGUUCUGGGCGAGUUUACCGGCGAAAAUCUUUGUAGAACAGCCUCGGGAAUAGCACUAUCAUGCAACGAUUCCGUCGUGCUAUCAGUUUUCGUCGAUCGCAGAGACACGUCCCAGAAAGCUGUCGUCCUCAUCAAUGGGAGAGCGACAGUCAUAAAGUUAAAUCAGGCGGAAUUAGCUUUCCCGUUAAGUACCUUGGGGCACAAGAAGUGGCAGAGUCGCGUGGAACUCAGAUAUGUAGUGAGGCAGCCAAAAUUCUUAAAAAGAAUAAACGAAGGCGAAGUCGAAAAAUGACUCUGCUAGUUACCGAGGAUUGCAUACGGGUCGUCGACGACAAAACCAAGCAACUGGUGAUAGAUCAGACAAUUGAAAAAGUGUCGUUUUGCACACCAGAUCCAUACAAUGAGAAACUAUUUUGCUACAUCAGUAGAGACGGUACUUCACGCAGAUGGAUGUGUCAAUGUUUUAGUGCAAGACGUGACACGGGUGAAAGGUUGAGUCAUGCUGUUGGCUGUGCAUUCACUGCAUGUUUGCAAAGGAAGCAAAAACAAGUUGCUUUGAAGGAACAACAUCAAGAGAGGCAAAGUAUGAGGUUACCAUCAAAUAAGGACAAAGCAGCAUCUGAGACUUCAAGACAGGAAACAGAGAGCAAGCCGAGUACAAGCUCAAUCGAUCCCAACAAAACCCCUAGUACCCCAUCUGUAUCCAGUAACCAGGGGAGUCCCAUGCCAAGUGUCACUUCGAGUCCUACCCACUCGAACGCGCCAAUAGGAUUGGACCUUCCUCAGGCGGAGCCAAUCAGAAAGAAGGAGAAGAAAUUGAACCUUCAAUCGAGACCGCGGCCCCAGGGUAGCACCCCUAACCCCUUCACGCGUCACACCUCCCUGCGAUACCGUUCACAGCCGUUGUCGCUGCAACCGUUAAAACCCGGGAAAUAUGAAGUACUCGCUGACGAAUCCGUCGUACCCAGGCUACCGGCCGAGGAGCCGGCUAAGAAUAAGCCCACGGACAUUGACGCCCUGCUGUCUAUGAACGACCCUGCGCCCACGGUGCCUAAUACGAUGAAUAACGCCAACGGCGGUAUUGGUGGUGACAUGCAGUGGUCCGGGCACUCGGCAGGGCUUCUCAUGACCUCGCAAAAUAACCCAAAUGAACAAACUAAUUCUUGGUCGAACGAACUCAAACAAACGAACCCAUUUCAAGUAAACGGUGAUGAUUUUAGCGGCUUGGCAAAUCGGCAUCAGAAUCCCGAAGGAAAGGGUGUUAAUCCGUUUAAACAAGGCGAACCUGUCCAUUGGUUAUAAUAGCGAAUGUGGGCAAAGAAUAAAUCCGGAACUUGACCAAGAACGAAGCGUUUACUGUUGAAAUUUUUGUCAAGAUGUUUAUGGGUUAAUACUGCGAACAUUGCUCGUGCGGACAUCGGCACAAGGGCGAAAUUCGUUUGAGGUUCAACGCUCAAGAACGAUGGUAUUAGUAUAUAUCGUAAACAUUGGUUUUAAUCUGAGCUCUUUUAGUUUUAACAUAUCUUAUUUUGCUGUUCAACGUAUUAUAUUAGGAUAUAUAAUAUAGCAUUGCAUGUGUUUUUAAAGUUGCCGAAGCGAAGUACUUUGAAAGAAUUUCGUUGUCUUAUAUACUUGUACGUUUGCCAAUUUUU